AUGGUUGCCAUCAUUGGAACAGCACUACAUUGGUCAGAUAUACUAGUUUUAUUACUCUAUUUUUUGCUCAUUGUCGGCUUUGGAAUUUGGAGUUCAUGCAAGAAUCGUGGCAGUGUCGGUGGAUAUUUUCUUGCUGGUCGUACAAUGAAUUUUAUACUAGUGGGCACGUCCUUAUUUGCAUCGAACAUCGGCAGUGGUCAUUUCAUCGGUCUUAGUGGAUCUGGUGCUUCAAGUGGUAUUGCUGUUGCCGAUUUUGAAAUAGGCGCGGUUCAUUGGUUGAUGGUACUUGGUUGGUUAUUUGUUCCAGUUUAUAUGAAAGCAGAGGUAUUCACGAUGCCACAAUAUAUAAAAAUGCGUUACGGUGGUGAACGUAUUCGAGUUUAUUUAACAUGUCUUGCAUUAAUGUUAUCCAUCUUUACAAAAAUAUCUGUUGAUCUCUAUUCCGGUGCUAUUUUCCUUCAACAAGCUUUAAAUUGGAAUUUGUAUGCCUCAGUUAUUGCUCUGAUUCUUCUCGCUGCAUUCUUCACUGUUGGUGGUGGUUUAACAGCAGUUAUUUGGACGGAUUUUAUACAAACAGUGAUUAUGGUUGUAUCAGCUUUUAUUCUGAUGAUUAUCAGUUUCGUCAGAGUUGGUGGUAUGCAACAAAUUCGCAAUCUGUUCCCGUAUGCACUUGCAUAUACAACAUUACAUAAUACUACUGAAUGUGGUGUACCGAAUGAAUAUUAUUUCUCAUUAAUUCGUCCAUUUGAUGCUGAUUUACCAUGGUUUGGGAUACUUUUUGGACACGGAGUUAUGUGUAUUUGGUAUUGGUGUAGCGAUCAAGUGAUUGUACAACGAGCAUUGGCAGCAAAAAAUCUUACACACGCAAGAGCAGGAUGUCUUGUUGCGGGAAUAUUGAAAUUGUUGCCGUUAUUUCUGAUAGUAUUUCCUGGAAUGAUUGCAAGAAUUCUCUUUCCAGAUGAAAUUGGUUGUGCUGAUCCCGAUGUGUGCUAUCAAGUUUGUCGUAGUCGAAACGGUUGUAGUGACAUUGCAUAUCCACUUCUUGUGCUUCGAUUAAUGCCCAAUGCAAUUCGUGGUUUAACACUAGCCUGUAUGAUUGCAGCUUUAAUGUCCUCCUUAACUUCGAUCUUUAAUUCGAGUUCGACUAUUUUCACAAUUGAUAUCUGGCAACGUUUUCGUCAAAAUGCACACGAUUGGGAAUUGAUGAUUGUUGGCAGAGUUUUCGUCAUGUUUCUUGUCGGAAUAUCGAUUCUUUGGAUUCCAGUUAUUCGAGCAGCACAAGGUGCAAGAUUAUUCGAUUAUAUUCAAGCUGUUUCAUCGUUUUUAGCACCUCCAGUUGCUGCUUGUUAUUUACUCGGGAUUUUAUGGAAACGAAUCAAUGAAGAAGUAAUUUAUUUAGAUCUUCUGACAAAGCCUAUUCCAGAAAAAUAUAUAUCUGGUUUAACCAUUUUUGAUCUUGAUAAUCCAGAAAAAGCAAUUGAAAUUCCUACUCGACCUGGAUGCGAUUCCGUGGGAAUUGUUUUUUAUUUAAAAACCGCCUUUGUUUGGAUUUGUGGUUUGGAAAAACCUGAUAAACUCGAUGGUCAAUCAACCUGUUCGGAUAGUCAUCCACAUGAUAAUACCAGUAAUCGACGAAAUAGCACUUCAAUUCGUGAGGAACAUGUUUCAUCAUGGCAUAAAGAAUGUUCCUAUGUCGCAAUUAUUAUGCUUGCUUUAUCUGCUUUUGUCUGGGCUUUUUUUACUGAUUAUCGAAUACGAUUAAAUUAG